UUUCCAGGUGUUGCGGUUAUGAGACGACGGUCUCCCUUAUUGGGACUGUUUCUAAUCGCAGAUGUGGUUAUCUCCGUACUCGCCAUGGGUUUUUAUUCCUCUAGCUGGAACUUCGACUCCGACCUCAUAUUCAAACACCUAUUAUUUCUCGACGGUUACGACUUUCUCUCAAAUCCGAUCGAUUUCUUAUUGCUAGCGAUUCUCCGACUAACGCUAGUAGUGGUUGCUGUGGUACUCAUCACAUUCCACUAUGAUAAUGUUGCCACCACGAUGUUUAUGCCCAUGUUGGGUGUAGCUACGUUCUGCUAUUCCUACACAUUGAUAAAAUUCCUUGCAUUUUCCGAGAAUUCGGAAAUGUUAUACUAUCCGGGAGUUUGGUUCUCUGUUACAUGGUCGGUUCUGGCGGCUGUGCUGUUUGCGCUUGUUUGGUACUUCAUACUAACCGCACAUGAAUUCGACUAUCAGCGUUUGGUCUCUCAACGAUUCGCCGCAGCAAAUGCGAAUUCUUCUGUCGAAUCAGCUGCAGAGAGAGGCUCCUCAGACAGCAUAUCCGAGCACCUCGUCGAUGCUAGCCCCAAACGAAUAAGCACUCUCGACCACAUUUUUGCGCUUUUGAGAUAUUGUCAGUAUCAUUGGUUCUGGUUUGCUCUAGGCUUUGUUUUUCUAGUCAUCUAUGCAGUUGCACGAGUAUUUAUACCAAAAUAUACUGGCCUUGUGAUCACAAAUAUUGUGAAAAAAGCCGGUGUCGAAUCUUUAGUACAUUCGGUGUUGAUAAUGGCCGCUUUGACUAUGGUCAGCACUUUCUUUGGUGGUCUCCGUGGCGGCUGCUUUGACUAUGCGACUGCCCUUGUCAAUCGUCAAGUGCGACUGGAUCUCUUCCGUUCUUUAGUUCAUCAAGAAAUUGGCUUCUUUGACACCACCAAAUCUGGCGAAAUGGUAUCUCGCUUGACAUCUGACUGCCAAACAAUGUCUUCGACAGUUUCAACUAAUUUGAAUGUAUUCAUGAGGAAUGGUGUCAUGCUCGUCGGCGCUAUGGCAUUCAUGUUUGUAAUGUCAUGGCGAUUAUCCCUGGUGACAUUCAUUGCAAUUCCUCUAGUUGGCUUUAUAACUAAGUGGUAUGGUGCGUAUUACGAUAAACUGUCGGAAAAGACUCAGACAACCAUUGCUGAUGCAAAUCAGAUUGCUGAAGAGGUUUUGUCCACUAUGCGAACAGUGAGAUCGUUUGCAUGUGAGCGAAGAGAGGCGGAUCGAUUUGAGAAUAAACUUGGGGACACCUUGAGAAUGAAUAGGAAGAAGGCUAUCGCUUACAUGGGUUACUCGUGGAAUACUGAAUUUUGCGACAAUGCCAUUUUGGUAGCCGUACUGUUCUACGGAGGACAUCUAGUCAUGUCAAAUAUGAUGACUACUGAGCAGCUAAUCACGUUUCUUCUGUACCAGUUGCAACUUGGCGAAAAUUUAUAUAACAUCGGGUACGUUAUGACUGGUCUGAUGGAGUGUGUUGGAGCUUCCAGAAAGGUGUUCGAAUACAUGCUGCGUGAUCCGGAAAUUGCCAAUGACGGAAAGAGAGAACCGCCCCUUGAGGGUGAAAUCAAAUUUGAAAACGUCUACUUCACUUAUCCUUCAAGACCGAACAACAUUGUGUUGAAGGGCUUGGAUCUGACUAUACAAGCAGGCCAAACGACGGCUUUGGUAGGACCAAGUGGUGGAGGAAAGUCUUCUAUUGUAGCGCUAAUCCAACAUUUCUACGAACCUGAUAAAGGAACGAUUACCAUAGAUGGUGUGAACGUGAAAGACAUUUCACAUAUGUAUUACCAUCACAAGAUCGCGAUGGUGGCCCAAGAACCAGUGCUGUACAACGGUUCCGUCCGUUACAACAUAUUGUAUGGAUGCGACUGGGCCACUGAAGCGGAUAUGCUCCGUGCGGCUCAAACCGCCAAUGUUCAUAAUUUUGUGAUGGAGCUGGAAAAGGGAUACGAUACGGAUUGUGGCGAGAAGGGUGUACAAAUGUCUGGAGGACAAAAACAACGUAUUGCCAUUGCUAGAGCAUUAGUGAGAAAUCCUGUGGUACUAAUUCUUGAUGAAGCCACAUCAGCCCUCGAUGCUGAGUCUGAGGCAUUGGUUCAAGAAGCUUUGAACAGGUGCGCACGUGAACGUACAGUAUUAAUAGUAGCCCAUAGAUUGUCUACGAUAGAAAAGGCGGAUCAGAUAGCAGUGAUAAAUAAAGGAUCGUUAGUGCAGACUGGAAAUCAUGCGGAGUUGAUGAAGGAUGAAAAUGGGCUAUACUACUCGUUAGUAUCCAAACAAUUACUUGCAUCAAAAAUCAAAGGAGGAUCGAAAUAGCAUAAAUCCUAUCUCAUUCAUUGAGAUCUCAAUCAAAUCGCAUUAGGAUUUUGACGGUUGUUCAUCGAACUUAAUUUGGCAGCAGUAUGGAAUGCAAUGCUACUAUGGCUUAACUACUAUGUAGUUUACUGUGAUCACUUUACCUCUGUAAUAAGUACCCUUUCAUCCGAUUCUAUGAAGAUUACCAGCUUUUACAAAUUUUACGAUCCUCAGAUCGUUUUAGGUUAAAAAAUUAUUCUUAGUUUUGUUUCAUAAGUUGGUGAUGUUUGAGGUCUGGUAACUAUAAAUAAUUGCAUUGUCAUAAAUGCUAACCAUUAAGCACUGGUUAUUGUAAUGUACACUAGUCGGCUCAGUCGAACUGAAUGGGUAAUAUUGUACAAUGGUAGGCUGCUCUUUUGCUUGUAAUAUGUUUAAGUUAAUAAAUCUCUGAC